ACGAUCCAUUUCGCAGGUUGGCCGACGUCUGUUCGGUUCGGUUGGCUGCUCUCGUUCGCGAUCAGUACGCGGUCGGCAUUGAAAAAGAACGGUUGGAAAGCGUAUGCCUGAACGUUUUUUCUUCGAUCUUCGUAUUUUGCUGUCAAUGAGGAGGAUUUCACUGGUGGUGGCUGCAAUUGCCAUUGCGGUGACCAGAGCGCAAUCACCUAUCGACAAAAUUUUUUUCCCUGAAAAUGAAACCUCGAUUCUGGAUUUUGCAAACCGGGCCGGCAUUGACGAAGUGAUCACUCCAGACCCUUUUGGCCCCAACGCACCGACGCUCUCUCCAAUGACGCUAAUAACCGCUCAAGGUGACAGGUGUACCUGUGUGCCUUAUUUCAUGUGCAAACCAGAAGCCGAAUUUGCUGAGCAGAAUAAGUUCAACGAAAUUGAUGUAAAUUACAAUCCUGAAAGUUGUCAGGAUGUUCUGGAUGUAUGUUGUCGAGCUGAAGAUUCGCUGGUUGUGCCAAUGAACAAUACUCCGGGUGUAGUUCCGACCAGUAAGCCAAGAGGAUGUGGUUUAAGGAAUAUUGGAGGCAUCGACUUCACUCUUACUGGAAAUUUCAAUAAUGAAGCUGGUUUUGGAGAGUUCCCAUGGACGGUUGCUAUCGUGAAGACGACGGAUGGCUCAAGUCAUUGUGGCGGAUCUCUGAUCCAUCCAAAUUUAGUUCUAACGGGUGCACAUUGCGUUCAGGGACAACGGAGAGGUGAAUUAAAAAUUCGCGCUGGAGAAUGGGAUACGCAGACAACGAAAGAGCGGCUACCGUUCCAAGAACGGUUGGUGACUCGAAUUAACAGUCAUCCUGACUUCAAUCCACGUUCAUUGGCAUUUGAUAUCGCUAUUUUGGAACUUGAGAGCCCAGUGACCUUAGCUGACCAUAUUAAUGUGGUGUGUUUACCUCCGAACAACUACGACACAAGGCGGUCCGACUGUUUCGCUAGCGGAUGGGGAAAGAACCAGUUUGGAAAGGCUGGGCGAUACAGUGUCAUUAUGAAGAAGGUUCCACUCCCACUUCUAGAGUCAUCCACUUGUGAACGACAGUUGCAAGGUACUCGCCUUACAAGUCGGUUCCGGCUACAUCAGACCUUCAUUUGCGCCGGUGGAGAGAGAGGAGUUGAUACAUGUGAGGGCGAUGGUGGCGCUCCUCUUGUAUGUCCUAUAGGAUCCGCCAACGACAACCGAUAUGCUCAAGUAGGUACAGUGGCCUGGGGUAUCGGGUGUCAUGACAACAUUCCUGCCGUUUACACCAACGUUAUGAGAUUUAGAUCAUGGAUCGAUAAUAUCGUCAGAACUUUAGGAUAUGAUGUUACUGUUUACGAUUCUAAUCUGUCGCAGUUUUCGCAAUUGUUUGGAUGAAUGUUCCUGAAUAGAAUUCAAUUACAGAGUAUGAUGAAAGAAACUAUAUAUAAACAUAUUUAAACGCAUUUGUUAUACCGAAAUAAACUACUAACUAUUACCUUA